GUCACCAUUCUUCACCCACCAUCCCAGUGCCGAUCCAACCGAGGGAGGAAGCUCCAGCUCUCCCUCUCCACCUCUCUUUCGUUGCCGGCCGCCAAGAAGAGGGACAUCGCCAACCGUCGUCGAGCUCUCUUCAUCUCUAACUCAUACUCGUUCCAUUCUCAUCUCACCAUGACGAACAACUUUGGUUUUGAUCCCAUUCCAUUUCAUCUUCUACAGCAGCGGGAACGCCGCCAUGUCAUGGUCGCUCUAGAGCGCGCUCUGUGCACCGCCGCAGUGACAUCAUCGCCGUUCCCGCUUAUCUGGACCAAGCCGGGCCAAGCUGUCGCGCCAGCGUCUUCGCCUCGACCUCCUCUCCAUUUCCCCUCAAGAAUCUCGAAGGAUGGUGCUACGAGUGUGGAGAUCGUCCACCGUCUUCUCCACCUCUGGUCACCAUCGCCGUUGCCGAAUCCACCCCCUCCGUUCUUGGAGCUGAUUGAGCCAUCGCCGUUCAUUCGGAGGUUCUUGCCGCCGCCGAGCCGUUACACGAGCCGCCGUCAUAAACCUAGCUACCCCAGCCAUGUCUACCAUCUUGGUUUUAGAUUUAGUCUUUGAGUAAUGCGGGUAUUCGACUGCUUCUUCUAGGACUUGAGCUUAAUGGGGUAAACCCCUAGUCGGUGUGCUUGUGGAUUGGGUAGACAAGCUUCCGCUGUUCUAUAUAUUUAUUUGGCCAGUUGGCCAAUGUAACUAAAGUAGAUGUAGUUUAUAAUCGCUUUCAUCUUAUUUGUGUUUGCUAUGUAUAAUCAUGCUUGAGAUGAAAGUGUGAAUCUAGUGCACAUCCUGGGAA